GCAGUUUAAACGUCACAUCUCCCACCUCCAAAUGACUCCGAGACUCGGAAUGAACGCUAGAUCUUGCCUUUAGAAGACAAGCCGUCAACCCACACGAAUCUCCCGCCAGGGUCACACCAGGGAAGGAAACUCGAGACGAUGCUCCUCCAGAUCGUGGGCUCUCUCCAACACCUCCGGGCCUCGACCAUCGUCCACGCUCUCAUCGCCCUCCUCCUCCCCGUCACCCUCACCCUAGCCUUCAUCCUCCACAAUGGCGACGCAGCAUCCACGCGCAGGAAGCUCCGGAACCUGGAGUCCAUAGGUGUCCCGGCCAAUAAGAGCCACAUGGCAGACCAAUUCGACUCCAAAUAUGCCUUCCCAGAAGACACACCAUCGGGCAACCAGGGGCCGAUCCGCAUCAAGUCAAUCUACAUCCACCCGAUCAAAUCAUGCGGCUUCAUCGAAGUAGACAGAGCCCUCCUCACAAAAACAGGCUUCGCCUACGACCGAUGCUUCGCCCUCGCAGCCGAGACGCCCGACCCGGAAACGGGCGCCGUCUCCUGGAAACUCAUCAGCCAGCGCACGAAGCCAAACAUGUGCCACAUCCAUACAGAAAUCUACCUCCCUCGGCAGAACAGCGACCAUCGAGACCCCCUAGUCCAAGCCGGCGGCUGCGUCCUCGUAACCUUCUCAGACCCAGACCCCCCAACCUGGACCCAACGCAUCGAGACCUUCCUCUCCAACCCCUUCAACCCCUCCACAACACCUCAAAUCUCCUUCAUCGUGCCCCUGAACCCCCCCUCAACUCUCGUAGACGAAUUCAACAUUGGCCUCAAAACCUUUGGCAUCCACGCCCGCGAUGCCUCUGGGCUAGACAUGUCCCGUAUUCCCUCCGUCGCCACGACUCUCCUCCCGAAACUAAAGAAAUUCCUCGCCAUCCCGCCGAACCGCGGCCUGACGCUCACGCGCUGCACGCCCGAGACCUUGACGCGGACGACCCUCAACCUCGCGCCCGUGAGCUACAUCGGCUCGCCCGCUGUCCACGGGUAUACGGACCAGCAGCCCGUCAACCUCAACAGCCUAUCCUCCGUCCACGCUGUGUCCGCGCUGCUGCCGCCGGAGAACAGACCGCUCGACGCCCUCCGCUUCCGCGCGAAUUUGUGGGUCACGGGAGCGCCGGCGUACGUGGAAGAGACGUGGAAACGAUACCGUAUCAUCCCCAAGGGAAACCUCUCAAAUAACAGAAAGCCGCGGGCGGACGUCUCACCAAAGCUCUCUGUCGUCUGCAGGACGUCCCGCUGUACAAUGCCAAACGUCAAUCUCGCUACAGCAACCUUUGACACUGAGAACCCUUCGUCAGCUGAGAAGAAGAAGGGGAAGCCGCAGCCCAGUACGACGCUGAUUGAGCAUCGCACCCCUGAGACGGGGAAUCCCAAGGCGUUGGGGUACCUCGGGAUGCACUGCGUGCCGGAGGACGAUGAUCUGGACGAGGCUAGGAGGCAGGGGAAGGGGCUGUAUGUCCAUGUCGGCGAUGAAGUUGAAGUUCUUGAGACGGGGGAGCAUUUGUAUGGGUCUACUGCGAAUGAUUAUUGAGGUGGGUACUUCCCGGGAGGGGUUGGACGAGGAAGACACGUGUGGCAGUGACAGCGCUGCUCUCGUGGACUUGCGCAGGAUGAUGACGUACAUAAUGUAUAUAAUAGCUUACUGAUCAGGAAAUUUGGAAGUGCCUGGCUGAAGUUGCAUAGGAGUCAGGGUGAAGUUGCCAAGCAAGUUCGCCCUUCGUGGUAAAUUCCUGUUUGGCGGGAGACACAAAUGGCUUUACUAGCCACUUGCAGUUGUUAUGCUGAGAUUACCUACGAACUCAUAACGUCUCCCUUGCUCGGUCUCGUUCAAUAGCAAGUCUGUAUUUAGCAAAACCCGGC